UCUCUCCUCACUGCGUCUCUCUCUGUUCCCAUCACUAUUACAGCUCAGCUCCUGCAAAAGAGCGAGGAAGAGUGUGGAAGACUGUGGAAGAGUGUUGAGGAGUGGUGAAGACUGUGGAAGAGUGUAGAGGAGUGGUGAAGACUGUGGAAGAGUGUAGAGGAGUGGUGAAGACUGUGGAAGAGUGGCGAAGACUGGUGAAGAUUGUGGAAGAGUGGUGAAGACUGUGGAAGAGUGUAGAGGAGUCGUGAAGACUGUAGAAAAGUGGUGAAGACUGUAGAAGAGUGGUAAAGACUGUGGGAGAGUGGUGAAGACUAGAAAAGUAGUGAAGACUAGUGAAGAUUGUGGAAGAGUGUAGAGGAGUAGUGAAGACUGUAGAAAAGUGGUGAAGACUGUAGAAGAGUGGUGAAGACUGUGGAAGAGUGGUGAAGACUGUGGAAGAGUGGUGAAGACUGUGGAAGAGUGGUGAAGACUGUGGGAGAGAAAAGUGUAGAAAAGUGGUGAAGGCUAGUGAAGACUGUAGAAGAGUGUAGAGUAAUGUGGUGAAGACUGUAGAAAAGUGGUGAAGACUGUAGAAGAGUGGUAAAGACUGUGGGAGAGUAGUGAAGACUGUAGAAAAGUGGUGAAGACUAGUGAAGACUGGAAGAGUGUAGAGUAAUGUGGUGAAGACUGUAGAAAAGUGGUGAAGACUGUGGAAGAGUGGUAAAGACUGUGGAAGAGUGGUAAAGACUGUGGAAGAGUGGUGAAGACUGUAGAAGAGUGGUGAAGAGUGUAGAAGAGUGGUGAAGACUGUGGAAGAGUGGUGAAGACUGUGGAAGAGUGGUGAAGACUGUGGAAGAGCCUGAAAAAUGAGUCUCCUGCUGUCGGUGUUGGUUGGGAUGUGCAGUAUUGGGUGGGGUUCUGCUUAUUCUAUAGGGAACAUAAGCGUUGUGUGUGACACUAUGAUGCCGGGGCAUGGCUAUGUCCCUCAAAACACCACCCCGCCUUUCCGAAUCACCGCCAGCAACACCACCUACGCUCCCGGCGACUCCAUCACAGUGUCUCUGAGCUCAACACAGAAUGGAACGGUGUUCGUGGGCUUCAUGCUGCAGGCUCUCAGGACUGUGAACGGGGCACCAGUGGGCUCUUUCAGCUCCUCAAACAACAGCCUGUUCAGACUCCAUAGCUGCUCCAGCGUGACGAACUCCACCAUCAGCCAUGCAACCGGAGCAGAUAAGGCACAGUUUGUAGCCACCUGGGUUGCCCCUCCUGGAUCUUCUCCAGGCAACAUUCAGUUUUGCGCAACAUUUGUAAAAAACUUUGUACAGUACUGGACCAUGGUGAAGAGUCCCGUCAUCACGUCAGCCAGUACAGUGAUUUCUGUUUCAGCUCUCGUCCUGUGCUCCAGCGUCCUGACUGCACUGACUGUUAUCUUCAGAACAGUCUCCUGAACUCAACAUAUUCCUGCUGAAAAAUCCUGAUCAACACCAGAAUCUCCUGGUAGCAGGUUUUAGACUGUUUAAGCUAAAGUUUAAUAGUAGUAAAAAGGAAGUAUACUUAAGAGCAUUAAAAGUAUGAUAAAUUAGGUGAAGAAUACUAAAAGUAUAUUUUCUAUUUAAUAUACUUUCUUUGUAUUUCGUUAAAAUGUAUUUUUAAGCGAUAUGCUUUAAAUUAUACACGUGUUGAUAGAAAAUAUACAUAUGUAGCGGCAUUAAGGAAUAUAAACUAUGUGAAUCAAUACGCAAAGUAGUACAUUUACAAUAUACUUCAAGAGUAUUAACACACUUAAAUCUACUUAAGUUUGCAGAAGACAUGAAAAAAAGCACUUAAAAGCAAAAAAAAAAAAACCCUAAUGCUUUUAUGUUGUAUUUAAAUAUACAGCUCUUGAAAAAAUAAGAGAGCUCUUUCACAGUUUCUGAAUCAGUUUCUCUGAUUUUGCUAUUUAUAGGUUUAUGUUUGUGUAAAAUGAACAUUGCUGUUUUAUUCUAUAAACUACAGACAACAUUUCUCCCAAAUUCCAAAUAAAAAUAUUGUCAUUUAGAGCAGUUAUUUGCAGAAAAUGAGAAAUGACUAAAACAACAAAAAAGAUGCAGAGCUUUCAGACCUCAAAUAAUGCAAAGAAAAAAGAAAACGAAAACAAGUUCAUAUUCAUAAAGUUUUAAGAGUUUAGAAAUCAAUAUUUGCUGGAAUAAUCCUGGUUUUUAAUCACAGUUUUCAUGCAUUUUGGCAUGUUCUCCUCCACCAGUCUUACACACUGCUUUUGGAUAACUUAAUGCUGCUUUACUCCUGGUGCACAAAUUCAAGCAGUUCAGCUUGGUUUGAUGGUUUGUAAUAAUCCAUCUUCCCCUUGAUAAUAUUUCAGAGGUUUUUAAUUUGGGAAAAUCAAAGAAACUCAAGUGAUCUCUUAUUUUAGCUUUCAUAAGUUGUUUCAAAAUGGUACAUUUAGUAUGAAUUAUGUGAAAGUAUGUGUUGAUUUCAAUGCUAAAAGUAUGUACUUUUUCAUGUUAAGUAUAGUUUUAAAAUAUAUACUUAAAUGCACUUUUCUUUUACAAGGGUCAAAAUCUGCUCAUUCACAUAAAAAAAAAAACAUGCGGCCAAAAUCGAAGGUGUCAAAAGAUUCCUAUUCAUUACUCUGUAGGUAGAAGUAUAGAUACUAGGCUUUAAAAUACUUCUGUAGAGGUUUAAGAAUCAACUCAAACUUUUUACUCUUUAAGUAAAAGUGUAAAAGAGCUGGAUUCAAAACUACUUAAAGUAUAAAAGUAAGCAAAAGUAAUGUAAGUAAACUUUAAGUAAAAGUUUAAGUAAAUUUUCCAAGUUUAUAUUAUACAGUAAGUAUACUAGGAUCAAUGUACUUGUGGUAUACUUGUAAGUGUACUAUUUUAAUACUUCUUGGGAAUAAAUUGGCCCAAUUUUAGUAUAUAAAAGUAUACUUUUAAGUAUGCUUUGGGUGUACAAGUAGUACACAAUUUGAGUACACAAUUAUUUACUAAUGUAAAUAAAACAUAGAUGUAAACUAGUAAUGUACUCUAAGUGUACUACUUGUACACUUGAAGUAUACUUGUAGUGUAGUGUAAUUUAGUUAUUAAUUUAGUAAACUUAGUUUAAACAAGUAAUACUCUGAACUACACUAAAGGUGAACUUAUAGGUGUACUAUAGGUUUACUACUUCUAUACACUUCUAUUCCACUUUUUAGCAUAUUAUAAUAUACUUUUAAAUAUACUCUCAGUAAACUACUAGUCUAAUGAUUUUAUAUUUAAAGCAUAUUUAGAAGUCUUUUAAGUGAACUUAAAGUAAUUAUACUUACAGUUUACUUAUAUUUUAUUUAUGCAGUAUACUACUAGGUUUAGAUGUAGGUCUUUUAAACUGUCCUUUAAUCAGAUUUACUAAUAGAGUACAUAUAUAAAAAAUGAGCUAGAAAUAUAUUUAUGUUUAUUUGUUCUGUGUUGGUUAAUUACUUUUUAAUUACUUUUAAAUACUUUUGUACUAUUUACUCUUUAUUUAGUAUUUACUUUAUAUUUACACUUUAUUUAGUAUUUACUUUAUAUUUUCUCUUUAUUUACUAUUUACUUAAUAUUUGCUUUUUGUUUACUAUUUUUAAGGCAAGAAUACUUAAUUGUAUUUUUCUUAAGUAUUUCUUGACCAAAAGAUUAAGUACAAGUAUAUGCCAAAUAUACUUAGACUUCUGUAUACUUGUCAGUAUAAGCCAAGUGUACUUACUGUAUUUUUCACACUAUAAGGCACACCAGAUAAUAAAAUGCACGUUCAAUGAA